AUCCCAAAAACAUUAACUUCCACGUUAAGUUUCACCUCAUAUGCAUUUGUUUGACAGGGAAAAAGGUUCAGCAAAAAUGGGGAAUCUGGUGCCUUUUAUGGGAAUGGUAAUGGUAAUCUUGGCUCAAGUUAGCAGCAUGGUAAUAACCAAAGCAGCAAUGUCUAGUGGGGUUGACAAAUAUGUUCUUAUUGUUUACUCUAAUGCUCUCUCCAGCCUUAUUCUUCUACCUUGCUCUUUCGUGUUCCACAGAUCGGUACAUCUUCCAUGGAACUCCUCCAACCUCUGUAUAUUGAUCUUUCUCCUUUCCUUGAUUGGAUGUAUCGGCCAACUAUGUGGAUACGCAGGUAUAGAGUACAGUUCUCCUGCAAUGGCUACAGCCAUGCUCAACCUUGUUCCAGCAUUUACCUUCAUACUUGCCAUCGUUUGCAGGAUGGAAAAGCAUGAAUGGCGAAGCACAAGCAACCAAGCCAAGGUCUUAGGAACCACAAUCUCCAUAGCAGGGGCAUUUGUAGUGACAUUUUAUAAGGGGCCAACAAUUCUGAGAUUGCCUCAUCAGCUUCUUUCCUCGCCACAAAUAAACUGGGUCCUUGGAGGGCUUGUUCUUGCAGUUGAAGCUUUUAUAAAUUCUGCAUGGUAUGUUAUUCAGACCAUGGUUCUGAAGAAGUUCCCGGCAGUACUAACUGUAAUGUUUUAUCUUUGCUUCUUCAAUGCCAUUCUUUCGGCAAUAUAUUCUUUGUUUCUUGUGAAGGACCUUAGUGCUUGGAAACUAAGACCUAAUAUAGGGCUUGUCGCUAUUCUAUACUCGGCAAUAGUGGCAACAACCUUCCGAAUCAGCUUGUGUUCAUGGUGCCUAUGGAAAGUAGGACCUCUAUACGUUUCCAUGUUCAAACCCUUGGCCAUUAUCUUUGCAGCCGUUAUGGGUAUCGUCUUCUUAGGAGAUGAUCUUUCUCUGGGAAGGGUAUUUGGUGCAAUAAUAAUUGUGAGUGGAUUUUACGGGGUGCUGUGGGGAAAGGCCAAGGAGGAAAGUGGAGAAGAGAGUAUGAGAUCGCCUUUGCUGCAAAACAGAACAGAAGAUAAAAGGUCUUUUGCAUAACAGAGUUUUAUUCAAUUAUAUAUAUAUAUAAAGGCAAAGAUAAUUGUAAAUCCAACCAAUCAACUCUAUUAUGGAAUUGUUCAAGAUGUUUUGAGCUUGUAGUUGUUA